GUCAUCACACAACAACCAAUCACACGGCAACGAAGAUGGCGGACUCGGAGUUGAGUGUCAGGAGCUGUCGAGAAUUGUGGACCAUUUUGUUGGGAAGAUCUGCACUGCGAGAGCCGGCUCAGAUAGAGGCAGAGCUUGACAGACACUGGGACAGACUGCACCAAGGACUCAAUUACUAUAAACCUCCCAGCUCAUCCUCUGCUGCGAAAGUGAAGGAUAACAAAGAUGUCGCACAGCCCUUGAAGGAUUUUGGUCUGAGGAUCAGUAAAUUGUUGGGUCUUGAUGAGCAACAGAGUGUGCAGCUUUUACAAUGCUACCUACAGGAGGACUACAGAGGAACCCGUGAUUCGUUGAAGGUUGUUCUCAAGGAUGAGCGACAAAGCCAGGCACUGCUGCUGAAGGUGGCAGACUAUUAUUACGAGGAGCGCAUGUGUCUGCUCAGAUGCGUCCUACUCUUGCUGACGUACUUUCAGGAUGAGCGACAUCCCUACAGGGCUGAGUACUGUAACUGUGUCAAUAAACUGGAGAAGGACCUGGUAAGCAAAUACCAGUCGCAAUUUGAGAACCUCUUCAAAGCAGAAGCACCAACAUGGGAAACUCACGGAAACCUCAUGACGGAGAGGCAGGUGUCUCUGUGGUUCCUGCAGUGUCUGAGAGAACAGUCUCUGCUGCUGGAGAUCAUCUUUCUGUAUUACGCCUACUUUGAGAUGAGCCCCUCUGACUUGCUGAGCUUCACCAAGAUGUUCAAGGAGCAAGGCUUUGGUUUGCGGCAGACCAACAGACACCUAGUGGACAAGAGCAUGGACGCACUUGUCGACCGCAUCGGAUAUUUGAGCUCUCUUAUUCUGGUUGAGGGAAUGGACAUCGACUUCCUGCACAAGUGUGCCCUGGAAGAUUGUACAGAGCAGCAUCAGUUCUCCAGUUCUCCUGACGUCAUCAAGGAGAUGGAUCAGCUGCUGUUGACAUUUGGUGACAUCCCUCAUCACGCACCGGUGCUGCUGGCCUGGGUCCUGCUGAGACACACUUUGCGACCAGACGAGUCCAGCCCCGUGAUCAGGAGGAUAGGCAACACGGCCCUGCAGCUGGGGGUGUUUAAGUACAUUUCAACCAUGCUGAAGGGCCUGGGAGUCUCAGGGAAUAAU